AUGUUGGUAGCUUGGUUUCUCGCAGAUCUGGGCUCCAGCUCUUCCACGCUCUCGUCCUCCGUCGAGGACCCCAAGUUCCCCUCCCCAUCGUCCAGAUGCCCCAGUUGUGCCGUCCCCCCUCCUCCUGUAAUCCCCCCACAGCAGCUCCUCCCUCAGCAGCUCCCUCGCCAGCAGCUCCCCCUUCCGCAACUACCACCGCCUGCGCGACCCGAUCCGCAGUCCCUGGUUGGUCAGCCCACCGUGGCGCCUCAUCCCCUGCGCCUCCCGCCUGGGAUAUGGUGUGCACCUCCGGGGGGCGGGCCCCCCAUGUAUCAGACGUUUGUGGAGGCUGCGGAUGGCCGCAGGGUUGAGCUCCCGCUGUACGGAAUGCCCCCACCUCCCCCCUCGCUUCACCAGCAGCCUCCACCAGCGCAGUCAGGGGCUCCUCCGGGCCCUCAAGUGCAGGCGGCAGGAGCCGCAGCGGUGAAGGCGGCAGGGGCUGAGUCUCCUCCUGCCUCUCCCACUCGGCGAUGCGCCUCUCGCCGGCACUCGGGGAUCCGCAUGGCUCCUCGGCUGACGGUUGGUGGGCUAUCUUACCGGCGUGCAGACGUUCCCCGGCUGCUAGAAGUGGAGGGGCAUGUCCUUGUUUGUCUCGGCCACGUGAUGUCGUAUGUGGGAGUCGUUGCCCUGAUGAUCGACACUGCUGCUGCGGCUCUUGAGGAUGUGCCUGUGGAGGCGAGCGUGAUGAAUCACGCACAGAUGCGGGUGUGUCGUGAUGGCGCGUGGGUGUUGCAGCAUGAGAUGGAGCGGGCUGAAAUGGAGCCUGGCAGAGAGCCUGCGUUGGGCGCGGCGGCGGCAGAUGCGAUGGGGGUAGUGGAGACGCGAGUGCGCUCACGGUCAGCCGUAUACGUGUUGCGAGGCCUCGCGUCAGCGCUCCGCCUCGUUCAUGGGACGGCGGAGCGCCUCCUGCAUCGCGCGUUGGUGCAGUGA